GACUCCAUGGUCGAAAAGAUAGCUGUGGAGUCGAACAGAUACGCUGAGCAAGUGAAGCGAACCUCUCCCCGUGCAUUUAUUGGUUGGACCCCAGUCACUGCUGCUGAUAUCUGGCGCUUUCUAUCUCUUAUUUUGGCCAUGACGCUUGUUAAAAAAUCAUCUUAUAAAGAAUACUGGUCCACAGACCCCUUAGUUUCGACCACAUUUUUUCCUUCUGUCAUGAGUCGAGAUAGAUUUAUAUCCAUUUUGAGAGCUCUCCACUUCGUAAAUAAUGAAACCGUGCCACAAACCAACCAAGAUCGCUUCAUUAAACUCGGAAGUUUUAUGACCGACCUGCUGAUGAAUUUUCAACGCGCAAUUCAUGCCGGAAAAGUUCUAUGUAUAGACGAAAGUUUAAUUCCAUUUAAAGGCAGGUUAUCCUUUAAACAAUAUAACCCGAAAAAAAGGUCAAGAUUUGGAGUGAAGUUGUUCCUCGUCGUGAAUAGCGCAAUGCAAUUUGUUCUCGAUGUUCUUCCAUAUCAAGGCAAGAGCACGCAGAUAACUGACCGCUCGUGGAUUUCUCUUGUUGGAUUCGGGGGAGCCGCCGUUCUGACUCUUUUGCAGCCAUACUUAGAUGCUGGUCGUCGCAUCAUAAUCGAUAACUGGUUCCACAGCCUCAAAUUAGCAAGGAUGUUGAAAGAUCGUCUCACGUAUGUUUUGGGGACUGUACAAAAAAGACGGAAAGGAAUUCCAAGAGGUGCAAGGAUGACUCGAAAACUCAGAAAAGGAGAGGUUGAAACCUUUAGUGAUGGAGACGUUUUGAUAGAAAGAUGGCAGGACAGGCGGGAAGUGCUUAUCCUCAACACUUUCAUGCCCCAUGGAAUGACGGAAUGGCCCUCCACCAACCCCAACAACCAACGAAUGAAGCCAGAUACAGUUUUACUCUACAACAAGACUAUGGGUGGGGUGGACAAUGUCGACAAAACGAUAAAACCCAACCAAAGUCUCCGCAAGUCAUACAAGUGGUAUAAAAAGGUCGCAUUUUAUUUGGUCGAGCUCUCGGUAUAUAAUUCAAUGAUUAUGUACAAUACGACCCAAAACGAUCAAGUUGGAUUCCGCCGUCUUAAUUACGAAGCGUUCGUCAAAUCAAUAAUCCACAACAUUCUCACGAAGUUCCCCGUAGCACGGAAGCCAAGAGGAAGACCUUCCCAAAGCCGUGUCUCAGUACCCUUAGCGAAUAAGAAAAUAAUUAGAACGAGUUAUGAAAGAAAACGGUUACCCAAGCAAAUCCGAUUGUUUCCACUGCAAAACAAAAUUGGGGAAGAGGACGAUUAUGCAGUUCAAGUGCCUUGCUUGCGAGAAACGUUUGUGCAUUGGUAGCAGCGUCUUCAACUGUUUCAAAUUUUAUCAUGACGAAAUGUUGCAGUUAUCGCAGCAGCAGGUAUCGCAGCAAGUAGUGCCACUAGCGGAUCGCAACGAGUCACAGAACACUGGACAAAAUUCACCACGUUACGAUUACAAUAACUUGUUUGAAAUAUAUAAUGCAUCCCAAAAUCAUGAUAGUAAUGUCAUCAAUGAUGAUGAUUUACUGUUCGUUUAGUUAAUUGUUGUACUACUAUGAAAAUCAAAUCCCACUGUCAUGUCAAAAAUUUAUAGUGUGUGCCAUUUGGCUCAGUUAUAUUGUUGAUUUAUAAUUGAAAUUUCAUGUUCAAAAAGUGUAUAAUGUUCUAAUUAUUGUUCGCGAAUCAGUUCUUGGUUCGUAAUAAAUCAAAACUGCAUAAGCAGAAUAUUCAAAA